CUCAGUCUCUUGAAGGCGGUUCUUACCUGUCUCUCGCCAGCUGUAACAUCCAAUGACCUCAGCCGCAGAGAUCUACGCAAACCAGCUUCUUCCUAGGCGUCACGGGCUGCCGCUCUGGCAGCCCGAACCAACCAAAUUUGGCGAGGUGCUCAUCGGCGAUGUCGGAUUCAUCCUGGAGGGGUGCUUUUACCGCCUCUUCAACGCGAUUCGUCCGGCAGAUGAUCCGGUGAAUGCCCACUUUGGCGUCCCACCCGACUUUGUACCGCUGCGAUACAACGAAACCGCGAUGCUGCAUACCACGGCCAACUAUCUGCCGCCAGGCCCGCUGCACAGCUCCUCCAUGCGCCAGAUCAAAUCCAGUUACGGCGCAGGCGCCGCCUACAAGUUCAGUUGCAAGAGCGACCAGGGCGCGCUCGUCGUGCUCGGCGAUCACGCCACCCGUUCGCUGGUUCUCCAAAGCUGCACCGCGUUCCAACAGUACAUGCACCAGUACCAUGACGCGUGGCACGCGUUCGCUACCGCCCUCGGGCACACGCUCGACUCGUCCGAGAUCGUGCUCGUGUCCGGCUGGCUCAAAACGUCAUCUUGGGCACUCGCGGCGUGCACGAGCUGCGGGCGCGCACACGAAGUCUCCAUCCAGGCGCAGCUUGGGUCGAUGGCCGGUGUCGAGUUCGGCAUCGAGAUCGCAGAGGACGCCGCACUCUCCUUCGAACAGCGAAGCGGACCAACACGAGAGUGGGUGCCAGAGGAUGGCAAGUUUCCGCGGGAUCAGUGCCUGUUCCUGAGGUACUACAAGAUGAAACGACGAAUUUUCUUGGGCAAGAGGCUCGUUGCGGCGGGGUCGCGCGAACAGAGCCUGACAGAUUCCGAUCAGGCGAUGCUCACGAAGAUCCUGGCAGACAAUAUCGAUGGAUGCCUGUCAUCAUCAGACGAUUUUGCAGAGAGGGCAGCUGACUCGUCGUCGCAGACGGUAUGCGCUGACGAUGAUGUCAGCGAGCUCGAGAUUCAAGAAGAGCCCCAAUCUCUGUACCAUGCAAGUGUCUCGAUAUUUCAGUAUGCUCUGGACGCUGGUCAGUGCUGACGCGUAUUCCAGGACCCGAUCGACGAUCUACUCGAUUAUAUUCUCGCGGUAUGCUUAGGAGCCAUUUGUCGCGACCCGAAGUGACUGACGUCCGCUUGCAGGAAUCUGAGGCUGAGGUUGCCAUCGCAAGUCACGACGACUUGUUUGACCUCUGCUUAGAUGGUGUGUCCUAUCUU